AUGAUGUUCUUGUUGUGCCUCUUCAAUCUUGCCUUGCGGCAUGCUCCUCAAGCUCCACUAUCUUUUGUUGAUUUUUUAUUGGAAAAGCUGAUGGAGUUGGGAAGUUGUGAAUCUGAGACAAAAUCAAGAUCUUUUCUGGAGGACAUUGUGGAGUCACGCCAUGAAAAUCAGGAACUCCAAGACCUUUGGGAUCACAUUCUGGAGCUGCUGUUCAAGGUAGAGCAUUUCAUAGACUACCUAGUGGUUGGUGAUAUUUCAUUCUCUUUCUGUGUAUCUUUGGUUUCCAUAAUGAAAGACAUGAGGAGCAUUAAGCUAAAGAUUGACUUCCGGAAACCAAAAAUGAAACUAAAGCGAGUAGAUAUGACUCGCGAUCAUUUGUCAUCUCAAAGAAUUCUGUCAUUCAAAACAGAGGUUGUAGGAUACCUUGAUGAGGCGAAAUCCAUUGAGCUAAAGCUCACGAGAGGACCUAAACAACUGUGGGUUGUCACCAUUGUGGGGUAUGCUCGGACAAGGUAA